AUGGAAAUGAAACCAGAAUACACUCCUGAUGGUUUUCGGCUCGUAUUAGUGCAUCUGGUUCUGGGCACCCAUCCCCAGGAGAAUUCACUAAUGUAUGUAAAUAUUGCUUUAAAUUGGAAUAGCCUUACUACACGAUUGCCAAGACCUGGAGAAACUAUCCUUGGACAUAAGUUUUUCAUUGGCUUUGGUGGGAAAGGAGCCAACCAGUGUGUCCAGUCUGCUCGACUUGGGGCCAAGACCUCACUGAUCUGCAAGGUUGGGAAGGAUUCCUUUGGCAAUGAUUAUGUUGAAAAUUUGAAGAAGAAUGGUAUUUCUGCAGCAUUUGUAGGUCAGACUACAGAGGCUGCUACUGGAACUGCUUCAAUAAUUGUCAACAGUGAAGGACAGAAUGUUAUUGUCAUAGUCCCAGGAGCCAACCUCCUUUUAAAUUCUGAAGACCUGAAGAAGGCUUCUGAUGUCAUCUGUAAAGCCAAGGUGGUUGUUUGCCAGCUAGAAAUAACCCCUGCUGUUUCUCUUGAAGCUCUGAAGAUGGCACGUGCCAGUGGAGUAAAGACUUUAUUUAAUCCAGCUCCAGCCCUUCCUGACCUAGAUCCACAGUUUUAUACCUAUUCUGAUAUCUUCUGCUGCAAUGAAACUGAG